CAGGGCGGGAGGGGGAGCGGUGAGCAGUGAACCUGCAGAGAGACAGUCACGAGAAGGAAGCAGGCGUCUAGGAAGAGCAGAAGAAAACGCAGCCCGGCCCUAGCGCCAUCGUCGGGAGCUGUCCCCGAUGCCAGCCGCCAAGGAUCCAGGCGUGAGCGCCAGAACCCAGUGACCCGCAGCGGGCGGGUUUUUCCAUUUAUUCCUGAGGUUCCUCCUGCAAUUAAAAGCCACUACGAAGGACCACCAAGAUGGCAGGAGCCUCAGUAAAGGUGGCAGUGCGAGUACGCCCCUUUAACUCCCGAGAAAUGAGCCGGGACUCAAAAUGUAUCAUCCAGAUGACCGGAAGCACCACAACCAUUGUCAAUCCAAAACAGCCCAAGGAAACACCCAAAAGCUUCAGCUUUGACUAUUCCUACUGGUCCCAUACCACGCCUGAAGACAUCAACUAUGCGUCACAGAAGCAAGUCUACCGAGACAUUGGGGAAGAGAUGCUGCAACAUGCCUUUGAAGGCUACAAUGUCUGCAUCUUUGCCUAUGGGCAAACUGGUGCUGGAAAAUCCUAUACCAUGAUGGGGAAGCAGGAGAAAGAUCAGCAGGGCAUUAUCCCACAGCUCUGUGAGGACCUCUUCUCCCGAAUCAAUGACACAACGAAUGAUAACAUGUCCUACUCAGUAGAGGUCAGCUACAUGGAGAUUUACUGUGAGCGAGUCCGGGAUCUCCUGAACCCCAAAAACAAGGGCAACCUUCGAGUGAGGGAGCACCCCCUCAUGGGCCCAUAUGUGGAAGACCUCUCCAAGCUGGCCGUCACCUCCUACAAUGACAUUCAAGAUCUAAUGGACUCUGGAAACAAAGCUAGGACGGUGGCUGCCACCAACAUGAAUGAGACCAGCAGCCGCUCCCAUGCUGUCUUUAACAUCAUCUUCACACAGAAACGCCACGAUGCUGAGACUAACAUCACCACAGAAAAAGUGAGCAAGAUCAGCCUCGUUGACCUGGCAGGGAGUGAGCGAGCUGACUCCACAGGAGCCAAGGGCACACGCCUCAAGGAAGGAGCAAACAUCAAUAAGUCCUUGACCACACUGGGAAAAGUCAUCUCUGCUCUAGCUGAAAUGGAUUCUGGACCAAACAAGAAUAAAAAGAAGAAAAAGACUGAUUUCAUCCCAUACAGAGACUCAGUGCUGACCUGGCUCCUCCGGGAAAACUUGGGGGGUAAUUCCAGGACCGCUAUGGUGGCAGCUCUGAGCCCUGCAGACAUCAACUAUGAUGAGACCCUCAGCACUCUGAGAUAUGCUGACCGGGCCAAACAGAUCCGGUGCAAUGCCGUCAUAAAUGAGGACCCCAACAACAAGCUCAUCCGGGAGCUGAAGGAUGAGGUGGCUCGCCUGAGAGACCUUCUGUAUGCCCAGGGGCUUGGGGACAUCAUUGACACCAACACUGUGCCAGGAGGACCUAAAUACAUGUCCGACUUUGAGAACAAUAAUGGUAACCCUGGCGUGGCAGAAUUGAGUCAACGCCCUGACAAUCUCUCCACAGUGACCAACGCCUUGGUGGGUAUGAGCCCCUCAUCUUCCCUGUCAGCCUUAUCCAGCCGAGCGGCCUCUGUGUCCAGCCUCCACGAGCGGAUGCUGUUUGCUCCAGGCAGUGAAGAAGCCAUUGAGAGGUUGAAGGAGACUGAAAAGAUCAUCGCUGAACUGAAUGAGACCUGGGAGGAGAAGUUGCGCAGGACAGAAGCCAUCCGGAUGGAGAGGGAGGCUUUGCUGGCUGAAAUGGGUGUGGCCAUGAGGGAAGAUGGUGGCACCCUGGGUGUGUUCUCUCCCAAAAAGACACCUCAUCUUGUCAACCUGAAUGAAGACCCUCUGAUGUCUGAGUGCCUUUUGUACUACAUUAAAGAUGGAAUAACCAGAGUUGGCCGGGAGGAUGGAGAGAGGAGACAAGACAUUGUCCUGAGUGGGCACUUCAUAAAAGAAGAGCACUGCAUUUUCCGGAGUGACACCAGGACUGGCAAUGAAGCAGUGGUGACCUUGGAACCAUGUGAGGGGGCAGACACCUAUGUCAAUGGCAAAAAAGUGACAGAACCAAGCAUUCUACGAUCUGGAAACCGCAUUAUCAUGGGGAAGAGUCACGUAUUCCGAUUCAACCAUCCUGAGCAGGCUCGGCAAGAGCGCGAACGGACCCCGUGCGCAGAGACACCCGCAGAGCCAGUAGACUGGGCCUUUGCCCAACGUGAGCUACUCGAAAAACAAGGCAUUGAUAUGAAACAGGAGAUGGAACAGAGACUCCAGGAACUGAGGAAAUAUCGGAAGGAGAGAGAAGAAGCCAACUACCUCCUCGAGCAGCAGAGACUGGACUAUGAGAGUAAGCUUGAGGCUUUGCAAAAGCAGAUGGAUUCCAGGUAUUACCCAGAGGUCAAUGAAGAGGAGGAAGAGCCUGAAGAUGAAGUCCAGUGGACAGAGAGGGAAUUCGAACUGGCACUUUGGGCCUUCAGGAAAUGGAAGUGGUACCAGUUUACAUCACUGAGAGACCUCUUGUGGGGCAAUGCCAUUUUCCUCAAAGAAGCCAAUGCCAUUAGUGUGGAGCUAAAGAAAAAGGUCCAAUUCCAAUUUGUUCUCCUCACGGACACUCUCUACUCUCCCCUACCUCCGGAUCUGCUUCCCCCUGAUGCUGCCAAAGAAAGAGAAAAACGGCCCUUCCCACGAACGAUUGUGGCUAUUGAGGUCCAGGACCAGAAGAAUGGUGCUACCCAUUAUUGGACACUGGAGAAACUCAGGCAGAGACUUGAUCUGAUGCGCGAGAUGUAUGACCGGGCUGCCGAGGUGCCCUCCAGUGUCAUUGAGGACUGUGACAAUGUGGUCACUGGUGGGGACCCUUUCUAUGACCGAUUCCCUUGGUUCCGGCUGGUUGGCAGCUCAGAUGUCUCUGGCUGCAACAGCUCUCCUCUUUUCAACACAUGCAUGAGCGAGCGCAUGGCUGAUCUCACCCCCUCCCCCACCUUCUCGAACCCCGACUCCGACAUCACCGAGCCUGCUGACGAGCAGCAUGUGGGGAAGGAGGAGGAGGAGGAGGAGGAGGAGGAGGAUGAGGAUGAGGAGGAGGAGGAGGAGGAGGAGGACUUCGAGGAAGACAUCUUUCCAGAGUGCUCGCUGUGUGAUGGUGGCCGGGAUCCAUUUUACGACCGCUCCCCCCUGUUCAGUUUAGUAGGAAGGGCCUUCGUGUACCUCAGCAACCUGCUCUACCCUGUGCCCCUGGUCCACCGCGUGGCCAUCGUCAGCGAGAAGGGUGAAGUGAAGGGCUUCCUGCGUGUGGCCGUGCAGGCCAUCUCAGCGGACGAAGAAGCCCCAGACUAUGGCUCCGGUGUUCGGCAGUCAGGAACAGCCAAGAUCUCCUUUGAUGAUCAGCAUUUCGAAAAGUUCCAGUCCGAGUCCUGUCCGGUGGUGGGGAUGUCUCGUUCUGGCACCUCGCAGGAAGAGUUGCGCAUUGUCGAGGGACAGGGGCAGGUCGCUGAAAUUGGCCCCUCUGCUGAUGAAGUUAACAACAACACCUGCGCAGUGACUCCGGAAGACCUGCUACUGGACAGCCCUGAGAAGAGUGUCAUGGAUGGCCCCUUGGAAUCUUCCCUGGACCAUCUCAAGCUGGGCAGCAUCUUCACUUUCCGGGUGACAGUGCUCCAGGCAUCCAGCAUCUCUGCAGAGUACGCCGACAUCUUCUGCCAGUUCAACUUUAUCCACCGUCAUGAUGAGGCCUUCUCCACGGAGCCACUGAAGAAUACAGGACGAGGGCCGCCUCUUGGGUUCUACCACGUCCAGAAUAUUGCAGUUGAGGUGACUAAGUCCUUUGUUGAAUACAUCAAGAGUCAACCGAUUGUAUUUGAGGUCUUCGGCCACUACCAACAGCAUCCUUUCCCACCUCUGUGCAAGGAUGUUCUCAGCCCUCUACGACCAUCAAGACGCCAUUUCCCUCGGGUCAUGCCACUCUCUAAACCAGUGCCUGCCACCAAGCUAAGCACCCUCACCCGGCCCACUGCUGGACCCUGCCACUGCAAAUAUGACCUGCUGGUAUACUUCGAAAUCUGUGAGCUGGAAGCCAAUGGCGACUACAUUCCAGCUGUUGUGGACCACCGAGGAGGGAUGCCAUGCCUUGGAACUUUUUUGCUUCAUCAGGGGAUCCAGAGAAGGAUCACCGUGACCCUGGUGCAUGAGACCGGCAGCCACAUCCGCUGGAAAGAAGUACGGGAGUUAGUUGUGGGUCGGAUCCGGAACACUCCCGAAACAGACGAAUCCCUCAUUGAUCCCAACAUUCUCUCGCUCAACAUCCUUUCCUCGGGCUACGUCCAGCCUUCUCAGGACGAUCGGCAGUUUCUUGAUGCGGACAUGCCUAGCAUUUCAUUCGGAAAUGACACUAGGACCUUCUACCAGUUUGAAGCGGCUUGGGACAGCUCAAUGCACAACUCCCUCCUGCUAAAUCGGGUCACCCCUUACCGUGAGAAGAUCUACAUGACACUAUCUGCUUAUAUCGAGAUGGAGAACUGUACCCAGCCUGCUGUGAUCACCAAAGACUUCUGCAUGGUGUUCUACUCUCGGGACGCUAAACUCCCAGCAUCUCGUUCUAUCCGCAACCUGUUUGGCAGUGGGAGCCUGAGGGCCUCCGAGAGCAACCGGGUGACGGGAGUGUAUGAACUUAGCCUGUGCCGCGUGGCUGACGCUGGAAGUCCAGGAAUGCAGAGAAGACGUCGGCGUGUCCUGGACACUUCUGUUGCCUAUGUCCGAGGGGAGGAGAACCUGGCUGGCUGGAGGCCCCGCAGUGACAGCCUCAUCCUGGACCAUCAGUGGGAGCUUGAGAAGCUAAGUCUACUUCAAGAGGUUGAAAAGACAAGACAUUAUCUGCUCCUACGUGAAAAGCUGGAGACAACUCAGAGAUCGGCCCUGGAGACCUUGUCCCCCUGCUCCAGCGAGGAUUCUGAGUCCCACAGCACUUCCUGCAUCUCCUCUCCUCUCUCAGAUGGCACCUCGGAAGGUCGCGCCACAACCCUCGACAUUCCCAGUGAACGACAGAAGGAGCUGGCAGCCAAGUGCCUCCGCCUCCUCACACACACCUUCAACAGAGAGUACACCCACAGUCACGUCUGCGUCAGUGCCAGUGAAAGCAAGCUGUCAGAGAUGUCGGUGACCUUGCUGCGGGAUCCUUCAAUGUCCCCACUUAGUGCAGCCACUCUGACUCCAUCCUCCACCUGCCCAUCCCUGGUUGAAGGCCGGUACACCACUGCAGACCUGAGGAACCCCCUGCCCGGCUCCCGACCAGCCAGCCCUGAACUGGAACCGGUGCUGGAGGGAGACCAGAAGAAAUCUCCCUCUCCUGUCAGCGGGCCAGAAGCAGAGAAGGAGCCCCAGCGUUUGUUGGUGCCUGACAUACAAGAGAUCCGGGUCAGCCCCAUCGUCUCCAAGAAGGGCUACCUACACUUUCUGGAACCCAAGACGACAGGUUGGGCCAAGCGCUUUGUGGUGGUGAGGCGCCCCUAUGCUUACAUGUACAACAGUGACAAGGACUCUGUGGAGAGGUUCAUUCUCAACCUUUCCACUGCCCAGGUGGAAUACAGCGAGGACCAGCAGGCAAUGCUCAAGACUCCUAACACAUUUGCUGUCUGCACUGAGCAUCGAGGCAUCCUUUUGCAGGCAAACAGUGACAAGGACAUGCAUGACUGGCUGUAUGCAUUCAACCCUCUCUUGGCUGGAACCAUAAGAUCCAAACUUUCUCGAAGGAGAACAGCCCAGAUGAGGAUCUAAUAGGACCAUCUUCCAUAACUGAUCUCUUUGCCAAUUGCAUCGGGUCCAGUAGGAGGGUCCUUCCCAAACCUCCCACCCUCCCCAUCCCCAUGUCCCCAACCUUGGAUCUGUCCUGUCAUCGAUGCUCCUGACCACCUGCUCUUCCGCCAGCCUGCUGACAGUUUUCACCUUCGUUUUUCGUGGUAGCCGUUAAACUGCCACGGCGUGGACUGACCAUUGUCUUGUGCACACAAUUUUCCACUGCUCCCUUCGUCAGGUGACCCCACUGUCCCCACAACCUAUACUGCUCAUUAGCAGAAGCUAUCAUUGUCUUUUAUUCCCAGGUUGAGCAAGCUCUUGGUAGAGAGGGUUGGAGCAUGUUCAAAAGGUCAAAGGUCACAAGUCAGGCUCUUCAGCUGCCAAUCAGAGUUUCUUUUAAAAGAUGAAUGGAUCCAUUAUGAAAAUACCGUGAAUUGGCAAGGUUUUAAGAUCUGGCUCUGACAUUCCUUGUAAGCCCUGUUUAUAUUUAUGAAAUGUUCAUUUCUAAUGCCUUCCCCUUGGGCCACUGAUUUGGGUUGCUUCUAUUUUUCCUUGUUUGGUCUAUGGUGCUCCAGAAAACAUUGGGCAACAGUCCUCACUGAGGCAGGGCAGGGCUAGGGAGAGGGAGUUCUGGGAAAUGAACAACCAUCAGAGAGCAUCAUUUUCACUCCCUUUCAAAAAUCCUGUGACCCUGUAGGGUUCAGGGGAAUCCCAGCUGUGCUGGGUGUAUAGGCAGGCACUGGAGCUGGCUGAGGGGAUGGAAGGAACGGGCACACUCGGCAGGCCAGCCAGCGUAUUGGACAUUCAUUCCCUUCUUCCCUCUCCCCAGAGCCUGACCCAAACCAAAGUGCAGAGAAGGCUGGGACAUUCUGCCUACACACCCAGCACCAUGAUACCCCACAGUCAGCACACACACACUUCCAAGCGCCCCUGUACCCGAGUCACCGCUCAGAGACAAAGCAGUUUUUUAAAUGGUUUUGCCUUUCCCUUGUAUGUGGGUUUAUGUGUUUGUACUGCACGACUGGUUUGGGGCCACCAGGAGGCCUUACUUCCUGAAGCCCAACCAGUGUAUUGGAUGAGAGACAGCUGUUCCUCACCUGGGAAACAUGAGUCCAUCUUUUCAUCACUAUUUCUGCCCCAUAAGGUACAACCAGAUAGGCAGAGUGUGCCUUGCACACAGAAGGUGCUCAAUGUUUGUUGAAUUGACAUUUCUAAGUCUGAAGCUGUAAUGCCAGAGAAAUGGGGUGAACAGGGAUAUGGAAAGAGGGUCCCAGACUUAGGCAGCCAGUCUACAAAGUAGCAUCCAGGUGGCAGUAGUAUAGAAAGGGCCCAGGUGUCCUCUCUAGGCUCCCCUCCCCAUAGCUGUAACCUGUAGUUUCAAAUAAGAAAGUAUACCCAUGCAGCCAAACCGGGUUAUACUCAGUUGUGCCCUGUGUUAUCAGGAAGAGUCAACUCUUGGCCAUUCUUCCCACCCCCACCUUCAGCUCAUGAGAUUUAUGAACCUUAGAGGCCCUUGGAUGGAGACUAUACUGUCAAGUGGAAAGAAAAUGGCGGGGAAGGAUCCAGCAGUACAUUGCUAGUGGAAUCUCAGCCAGCCAAUGGCUGUCCUUUCUGUAAGUCUGCUCUUUGCUGACCAAUAGGAGUCUAAUCUGAGCUCUUGGGUGUGAAGGCCAUCUGGAUAGUUUAGAACCGGGAAGCGUACCAGGGUACAGACACUACAAUUCAGGGUAGAGGGUCCUUCCAGAACAAUGGGCCGUCUUACUAAAUCAGCAAGUCCCUCUAAAUUCUCUAGACACUCAGCCCAUGAACUCAGUAUUGCUGUCUUAAAGCACAGGGCUCAAUCUUGCUACCUAUUUUGAACAGGGUUUUAUCCUUCUCCUAUCUAGUGAGAAGGCCGUGUGAAUUCGAUGAGAGAAUGAGCAAGGGGGGGGGGGGAUGGUGUCAUGUUUGCCAGAGAUUGAUUUUUAUUUUUCUAUGUGAAAAGAGUUUCUGUUUGUCCUCUGCCCCUGAUAACAUGAAUUUUAAUUCCUUGCUCCUGUGAAUCCCCAACUCAUGUAUCUGGCCCAAAGAGUCUGGCUAACCAAAGAACCCUCGAAUUCCAUGGCUAGCUAAACCACGUCGGCAGGACGAGAAGUUCUCUUGUAACCAGUACAGCUUCCUUAUCAGUGACGCCCUUGAAGUUCAGCCUCCACUCAGCUGAUAGGCAUGCUUCACGCUUUUCAGUCAAACUAAGCUACAAAGAUGAAUGUUCUUAGACUAUCUAUGGUUUGGAGCUUCUCUUAGGGUGCUCUCCAAUCACGGAAGCGUCAGCUAGACCCCUCCACUCGGUGCCCUUUCAGAACAGCAGUUGCCCAGAGAGGUAUCUCUAUGGCCUUCAGCCGAGUGCCCACAAGACUAGACCAGAUCACAGCUCAUCGUCACGUGCACAUCCUGGCUACCCUUCUUGCCCCUUUUUCAUCCUCUUGGUUGUAGUGGGUAUGUCAGGAUUCCUGAACUGAGCUAUCUAUACGUUUUUCUUUGGAAAUCUAGAAAGCCAAUCUCCAGAAAUUUCAGCAGGCUCACUAAAAGCUCUAGAUCCCUUUUCCUCCAACCAUCCUCCUACCAGUUUAUUCACCCCCAGGGCCAAGAUUCCAGAGUCGUGCCCAGCUUUGCCCCACUUUUGGCACUAGUUAAAUAUUGUGAUAACUCACAAAUUCCACCCUCUAAUGGAUGGUGUCUUCGUUGAUUUUCCUCAUCCCUUUUCUUUCUAAUUGUUCUUAGGAUAAAUAUUCAGGCCAGGGCAUCAUUCUGUUUCAAUGGGACCUUGUUCUGUCUCUCAGGCCCCAAGUUAAUGUGGGUAGUGUCAUAUUUCCCAGCUGUCUAGUGCUAGUUCUUCCUCGUGGUCUUCCUCACCCACCCCCAUACCCCUGUUUUUGCCCUAGCAAAGUCACCAUCCAUAGUCCAAUCUACAUUACAAGUUAACGGUCAUUCAAACCACCCACCUUCUAAGCAGAAUUGUAAAAGAUGUCCUUUGUCUUUUCACAAGAAGCUAUUAAGAAUGUUUUUUUUUCGUUCUACCUCCAAAAACAUAUGGUGCCCCUUGGCCCGCUAGCAUGGCACAAUUAAAAAAAGACUAUUUCCAAGACUUUCCCUUUGAAAAGUUACUCCAUUCCCCUAGUGUCUUUUAUGAGACAGACACAAGAGAGAGGAUCCAAGUUCUUUCAAGACACUAACUUUUGAGCAAAUGUCAGCCCCUAAAAAUAUGAUUUGAAGCUGGAAUUAUGACAGAGACCUUUAUGUAUUUCGUGGCAACCUGAUGACUAGAAUAGCAAAUUUAACACAUGUAGACAAAAUGCCAGAUGAAUCCCUGGUCUCUAAAAGAGACCCACAAAGAGCUGCAAGCGUGUCCUUUGCUAGCACAGGCUGCAUUUCAGACCAUCUCGGUGAUACAUACUCCUAGACCUAAACGCUUCCUUUGGAAAUCAACACUUCUCAAUUCUGAAUCGGAAUCGAGUCUUCUGUGAAAUGUUGCUUUGCAUUUGUCUCCUUUCAGACCUAAUUAAAAGAUUUUCCCCUAGUGAAGUUAGUACACGUUCUGACCGAGUGGAAAAACAUUAGUCCAUAAGAUCUUCCUCUGCAAGUGCCUAUUGUUGUUUUUCAGGUUAUACCAGGAAAGGUAAGAAAGAAUGACUAAAGUUGAUGUUAAGUAUUGACUCCUCCCAGAGUCCCAGCUUUCCAGGGAGGAAGGCGAAGGUGACAGACAGCUAUCAAAGCCGUUAAGGGCCAUGUUGUCAGGUCAGCCAUCCUGAAGAACACGGUCUGGGAAUGCCCUUCCUCCUCCCUCCCAGUUGGUUAAGGACACCUGUGCCUGAGGCCAGCCAACCUGCAGAGCACACUGUUAUUGAGGGGAGGGUUGGUUGGGGGACAGGGUGAGGGGGACCAGAAAAGAAAUGCAAUAGACUUUUUUGAGGUUUGUGUGAAUUUCUUACAAAACAUCAAAAGAUCUGAAAUCCAGCAAUUAGGUAGACCUCUACUUAUAACAAUUCCCUCUAUGAUCUGAUCCUAGCGUGGGAAUGACUAGGGUUCUGAAACUCAAUUGACUAAAUGUAACCCACAUUUUCCCCCAACUACAGAAUAACAAUCCUGGUACUAUUAUUGUUAGGGUCUAGGAAUCAAGUGCCAGGUAGAUUUUUUUUCUUUGGAUACUAGCAAAGAAAUCCUAGCUAUUGUUGAAGACAUGAAGAUGAGGAAGAAUUUAUAAACCAUAAACAUAAGACACAUUUUUAAAUUGUUUUAACAAUGCUCACCAUCUAGUAGCAAUCUAUUUACAAAGAUAACCCUUCACUAUCAAGAAGGAUUUUAAGUGAGAAUUAAUGAUUAAUUAAUCUCACCACAUAGGGUCAAGGAAAGGCAGACCCAACCUCAUGUAGCCAUGAGAUAGACUUAAUCUGGGAAAAAAAAAAUGACUGUUUUUCUCAAAAGAGUAACAGCGUUUCCUUGAGAUGACUGUAACCACAAAAGAAAAUUCUUUUACACAAAUUGGCCAUGACUUUAGGCCAGACUGAGACCAAAUAAGAUUCCAUGGAAGAUGAACUAUAGAAAACACUUUUUGGUGUCUUCCCACUGUUUGACUGGUCUCUACAACCGUGCAUGAGAUACCUGUCAAUAGCUCGAUUCCAGACUUUUCUUAGGAAAAUCCCGUCAUUACAUAAUGAUGUUUUUGGUAAAGCCCUAACUGCUAGAACCACUGCCUGGGUGCUUACACAAAAGAUGAAAUCAGAAUUCUGUGGGGCCUACCACGUCCUGUGACACCUUUAGGGUGAUGCUUUCUUAAGUGGCCACCAAGCCAAAUAAGUUGCUGAGAAGCCCUCAGAGGCCCUCCUGACCUGUCCUAAGGACUGCCAUGUUGAAGGCUGGGAUGCUAUCAAGCCAAGAGAAAGCAAUGGUCAACCAGUCUCUUGUACUCCUGCACCCUCUCUCAAUCUGUGUAUUGCCAAGCUAGGGAAGGAAACUGUCUUCAGGAGGUGUCAUUUGCUGAGAGGCUUUACUUUAAAAAUGAAGGGAGGUGUGGUUCCUUUAGAUUUUUUUUGCCUGUGCUUCCAUGAAUUAGUUUGUCCACAUGACUUCUUCCUGUGAUGCCAUCCCCCAAGCGCUGGGAGACCAUUUCUCUUGCUUUGUAUAUAUGUGAUUGCUGUGGGCACCACUGUACAAUAACAAUACUCAAGUAAUGAGUCUAGUUUUAUUGAUGUCUUAAACUACGAGUGUUGGAAUAUAGGGUCUUCAACUGUUUGUGUACACUCAAGGCAUUGUUCGGUUACGAAAUAAAUGUCGCAUUUAUGCAAAUACUGAA